GACCAUUUCAAGUGGAGGCAUUGACAGAUAUGUCUUGGACCAUGUGGACCUUGGGGGCCUUGUACCUUUACCAUUUUAUACCAUUGCAGAUAGUUUCCUUUACAUUAGAAAUGAACCUGAACAACAUGCUCUGCCCUGGACCAUCUGACCCACUCUAUGGCCCAUACUACCGUCUUCUACACGGCUUCUUACAACAAUUUGUGUUUCUUAUACAUGGGAAGAUAUACACUGCUGUGUCUAAGCUAUUUUUGCCAUUCUUCACACAUGAACAAGGACAAGGAGACAAUGGACAAGUCAUUGAUAGUAUGAGAGUAGUCAUGAAAAAUGUGAAGUUAGUCAUGAAUAAUGUGAAUGCAGUGAAGGAUAAUAUGAGGGUCAUGAAAGAUAUAGCCCUUGCUGACGAAGCCAACAUGGCGGACAAUUUUAAGAAAAAAAUGUCAGUGCGGAGUGUUCAGCAAAAGUUAACGUCAUGGGAGACACAAAAAGAGCCAAGAGCAAGUCUAACAGACACACAGAGAGACGCCAUUAUGGAAUUGACAUCGCAAUCGUCCACUCGACCAAUGCCAAUUGAGUUGCCACUCCAUGAUGUUGCAGAAAUUCCCAACAAGCUGACCCAACCUUCUGCCGAUAGUGAUGUCAUCAGUAAGACACUCUCAGAACUUUCUCUCACUACAGACAAGAUCUACAAUGCCCAACAGUUCUUUACCUGGUUUGCUGAUGUUGAAGAUAGGAUGUUUCAAGAUGAAGAAGUUUCAUACAGAAAUUUCACUGACCAGUUAGCCGAGUACAGAAUGCAAUGCAAGCAAGUCUUAGAUGAAGUCUCAGUUGCAUUACAACAUUUGGAGAAUCUCCAGAAACAAUAUGUGUUUGUUUCAACCAAGACCAACACCCUUCAUGAGGCCUGCGAAGACUUGCUAAGUGAGCAGACAAAGCUUGUUAAUACAGCAGAGAGUAUUGAUAGCAAAUUGUCUUACUUCAAUGAACUUGAUAGGAUAUCAAGUAAACUGGGUUCCCCUACAUUGACAGUAACAAAUGAAGCGUUUGUUCCCAUGUUGUCGAGACUUGAUGAGUGUAUCGCAUACAUAAACCAGAAUCCUCACUAUAAAGAAUCACAAGCAUUUAUGGCCAGGUUUAAACUAUGUUUAUCAAAGGCCUUGAAUCUGGUGAAAACACAUGUGGUCCACAUUCUACAGAAUGCUACUACUCAAGUACUUCCUAAAAAGGAUGUACAGCCAGGGACUGAUAAUAAUGCUUUUACAUUGUUCUAUGGGAAAUUUCGAACCAAUGCCCCAAGGGUGAAAUCACUAAUGGAACAAAUUGAACAAAGAAUUGAGAAGAGCCCCGAAUACAGCCAGCUGUUGUCUGACUGCCAUGCAUGCUACUUCCAGCAAAGGGAGACCCUGCUGUGUCCCAGUGUAGCAUCAGCAGUUGCCGAACUUGCCUCAAAACAUGUCAGGGACCACUGUGCACUGGUGAGAAGUGGUUGUGCAUUCAUGGUGCAUGUCUGUGAGGAUGAACACCAACUCUACCAGCAGUUCUUUACAAAACCAACUUCACUAUUGGAUGAGAUGCUUGAAAAGCUGUGCAAUAUAUUGUAUGAUGUAUUCAGACCCCUUAUAAUCCACAUAAACCAUCUGGAGACACUAUCUGAACUAUGCAGUAUUCUCAAGAUUGAAAUGUUGGAGGAACAUGUGCAAAAUAAUGAUCAAGAGUUGUCGGCAUUUGAGGCUGUGUGUUCCCAGAUGCUUGAAGAUGUCCAAGAAAGACUGGUGUAUCGUACAUAUAUCUAUAUCAGAACAGAUAUUCUCAACUAUAAUCCUGCAGGUGGAGAUCUAGCAUACCCUGAGAAACUAGAAAUGAUGGAGGAAAUAGCUGAGAGUGUUAAGAAAACCAAAUCAAGCACUAGUUCUACACCAAGUCCUGGUCCUGUACAGAGGACUGACUCUGAGAUCUCCGUCACAAGCCAAGAGGUUGCCGAGAUCAACGCUGAAAAAGAGAAAUCUCCAGAAAAUGGAGUAGCGGAACCUGCAAAGUUUGUAGCAGCUCCUUCUGCUCCAGGUAUAGGUGAACCACUUGUGGGCCAAGGCAGCAACAUGUCAAUGUCUCCAGCUGAUCUACAUGGCAUGUGGUACCCCACUGUCAGAAGGACCUUGGUCUGUUUAUCAAAGCUCUACAGGUGCAUUGAUAGAACUACAUUCCAAGGGUUGUCUCAGGAAGCUUUGGCACAUUGUAUUCAGUCCUUGACCAAUGCCUCAGAGGCCAUUGUUAAAAGAAAGAAUUCUAAACUUGAUGGGCAGCUAUUCCUUGUGAAACAUUUACUAAUUUUAAGGGAACAAAUAGCACCAUUCCAUGUUGACUUUGCUGUAAGAGAAAUGUCCCUGGACUUCAGCAAGUUUAAAGAUGCUGCCUAUGGUUUAUACAGCAAGAAGUCUAAGAUGUUUAACCUUGACAGCAACAAUGCAUUGCUGCAGUUCAUAUUUGAGGGCACUCCACAAGUGAUGGAGAACUUUGUUGACUCUAAGCGUGAUGUGGAUAACCAAUUAAAAACAACAUGUGAAGAUCUGAUACACCAUGUCACUGAGUUGUUCACUGGACCACUCAGAAUCUUCAUCGAUAAGUCUACUGUGAUACUAAAAAUGAACAAAGAAAAAGGUGGAAGGAAAGUCUCAUUAAAAAACCAACCAUUUGCAAGUCCAGAAAAACUGCAUGAUACUGUAGCGGAAACCUAUCGCAACCUGAAAUCAAAGUUACCCAAAGUGCAACGCAGCAUGGGUUUAUAUCUAGCCAAUAGGGACACAGAGUAUAUUCUCUUUAAACCAAUCAAGAUGAAUGUACAACAAAUCUUCCAAAGUUUACACCAGAUGUUGCAGGAGAAUUACUCAGAGGAGGACAUGCAGAUUGUAGCUACACCUGCAAUGGAACAAGUUAACUUGCUGCUAACCACACGACCUACUUCAACUCGGCCUAGUGUAUCCUGAUUCCUGAAUAUAUCAUCUACCUAGGCCUAAUGUUUUUUUAACAUUCUUAUUUACCUCGGCCUAAUGUAUCUUGAACUUUCUUGUUUCUUUGAUCAACGAAACAGAAUCCAUAUAGAAUUGUUGAAACAUGCUGUCAUUUACUGUCAGUGGUCUUAUUUCUUUUUUAUCUAAAAUUUUUUAUUUUAAGAUUGCCAAGAAGCAUUAUCAAGGGUCUUACUGGUCUUAUUUCUGUGGUUGAAGUACUGACAGAUUGAUUUAAAUCAUUUCUGAUCGACUUUGCCUUACUUAGUGAUUACAUA